AGAACCGCUUGCUGCACUGUUCGAGUUCGACGGCUGCGGAGAGAUCGCCCACAGGCGCCGUCCUCACCCACCGUCCCCUUCGCCGGCGUCCUCUCGUGGCGCCCUGACCAGUAUCCCCUCUGACCUGACCUGGGUGAACUCUCUGAUUUCUCGAGCUCCUUGACUUCUAAGCUUACAGUUGAGCUUCCGGUGUUCGUCUCACUCUCAGUCUACCCCGGCCCUUUGAUCAGAUAUCCCGCAAAUUGGACUCCGCUUGGAAUAUUUGAGCGGCAGAGUUUACGCUGAUAGUUCCUCGUUGCGGCAGAGUUUACGCUUGUAACAGAUGAUCGAUGAACACGGCGAUUUUUGCGGAUUUCUGAUUUAGGGUUACGUUUGCCUGUUGCUUCACUUGUCUUUUUUGGUAUCUUCAAAGAACAAGCUAUGGAAUCUGAAGCCGAUGAUAAUGGUUAGGGCAAAAAGGGACUGGCAAUCCAUCAGCAAUGAUGGCCUCUCUGCUGAGCAAACGAGCAAAGCUUCAGGAAGAGCUUCGGAACAUCGAAAAGCAGGUUUAUGAAAUGGAGACGAGUUAUUUGCAGGAUCCUGGUCAAUGUGGGAAUGUACUGAAAGGUUUUGAUGGGUUCCUAUCUGCAUCUAAGAGUACUGCACUUUUGAAGCGGUCUCGGAAAUUUCAGCCAGAAGAUAGGCUUUUCUCUUUAUCUUCAAUUACCUCGCCAGCUGCCGAGGAGCUUGCAGGUGGUAGAGACGACGGGAGAUCAGAAUAUGGUUCCGGGAGGUCCAAGGGUGGUAUAUAUGCCAAUGGCCAGGGGAAGCCAAAGAAAGGCAGGCUUGCCCCUAGGGAUGUCAAGAGGAUGAGACCCAGUGAACAAGAUUUUGACUACGAGGAUGAUCCUGAUUUGACUUCAUGAUGUGCCCUUGCGUCAAAGGAAGUAUAUCUAGGGCCCCUGACUAUUAGCUUAGUCGUUUCAAGCGUGACUUGCAAUGCCAGUGAAUUUGUGGUAUUAUUGUGGAUCAAGUGACGGCAAUUUGUUUUCGUAGGCUCUGUAUGUUUAGCAAGCAUGAGCAUAUAUUGCUGCUGUUGUUCGACAUCGUUGUUUGUUUUGUACAUUUCAUGUAGAGAUCUUUGAGAUGUUCAAAUCAAUUGAGAACUGUUACGACUAUUGGCUUA